AUGUCGGGACCCGUGCCAAGCAGGGCCAGAGUUUACACAGAUGUGAAUACGCACAGACCCCGAGAGUACUGGGAUUAUGAGUCACAUGUGGUGGAAUGGGGAAAUCAAGAUGACUACCAACUGGUUCGAAAAUUAGGCCGGGGUAAAUAUAGUGAAGUAUUUGAAGCCAUCAACAUUACAAAUAAUGAAAAAGUUGUUGUUAAAAUUCUCAAGCCAGUAAAAAAGAAGAAAAUUAAGCGUGAAAUAAAGAUUUUGGAGAAUUUGAGAGGAGGACCCAACAUCAUUACACUGGCAGACAUUGUCAAAGACCCUGUGUCACGAACCCCUGCCUUGGUUUUUGAACACGUAAACAACACAGACUUCAAGCAAUUGUACCAGACAUUAACAGACUAUGAUAUUCGAUUUUACAUGUAUGAGAUUCUGAAGGCCUUGGAUUAUUGCCACAGCAUGGGAAUUAUGCACAGAGAUGUGAAGCCCCACAAUGUCAUGAUCGAUCAUGAACACAGAAAGCUACGACUAAUAGACUGGGGUCUGGCUGAAUUUUACCAUCCUGGACAAGAAUAUAAUGUCCGAGUUGCUUCUCGAUACUUCAAAGGUCCUGAGCUACUAGUAGACUAUCAGAUGUAUGAUUAUAGUUUGGACAUGUGGAGCCUGGGUUGUAUGCUGGCAAGUAUGAUCUUCCGGAAGGAGCCAUUUUUCCAUGGACAUGAUAAUUACGAUCAGUUGGUGAGGAUAGCCAAGGUUCUGGGGACAGAAGAUUUGUAUGACUAUAUUGACAAAUACAACAUUGAAUUAGAUCCACGUUUCAAUGAUAUCCUGGGCAGGCACUCUCGUAAGCGAUGGGAACGCUUUGUCCACAGUGAAAACCAGCACCUUGUCAGCCCUGAGGCCUUGGAUUUCCUGGACAAGCUGCUGCGAUAUGACCACCAGUCACGACUCACCGCAAGGGAGGCCAUGGAACACCCCUAUUUCUAUACUGUUGUGAAGGACCAGGCUCGCAUGGGUUCCUCUAGCAUGCCAGGGGGCAGCACACCUGUCAGCAGCGCCAAUAUGAUGUCAGGGAUUUCUUCAGUGCCAACCCCUUCACCUCUCGGACCUCUGGCAGGCUCACCAGUGAUUGCUGCUGCCAACCCCCUGGGGAUGCCAGUUCCAGCUGCCGCUGGCGCUCAGCAGUAA